CUUCCAGACUUCUAGAAGAAAAAUGAAGCGAUUCAAGAACCUUUAACUGAACCGAAUAUCAUGAAAAUCAUUCCACAACCGGUUCUCGGUUUCCAACACUAACACACUCUGUGCCUAGGGAUCAACACACCUGAAGUACUACUAUUGAGAAAGGUAUGAAGUUAGUACAAGUAGUAUACUGUGUAUCUUCUGCAGAGUGAUGAAUGCAGGGUCUGUGCACCGCCUUCAGCAGAAGUGAGAGGGGAAAUGUCAUAGCUGAGUCAAACUGGGAAACAGACAACAAGGCUAUUUUCUGCCUUUUGAUUUAUUUUCAAGAAGAGUCACUUCAUCAGUUGGUAUUCAGCCAGAGUUCAGUGGUUACUUGAGCCAUUACCUUUAAACUACUAGUUUGUGGGAUGCCAACAACAACGACAACAUUUUUAUUAUUAUCCAAUUGAGACACCACACUAUGGUAAAGCUAUAGUACUUUUUGUUAGGGUUAUAAGGUUUUAAUUUCCUGACAGCAUUCAGUUCUUAUUGGUACUAUUUACUGCUGCAGGUUUUCUGAUUCAAUAGCUCAAACACUCACAAAACUUCACUGUGCUGCUAUGCAGGUGUUCACACAUUUGAUUGGUGUUGCUAUGCUGCUUUGCUCCACUGCUACAUUCACACCUCAUUGGUGCUCUUAAAAUGUGCAACUGAACUUUCAGAACACUAGGGGGAAACAGGUGGGAGCCAAAUGGAGCAUGACAGACCACUGUAACCCAGACCAUCCCAUAUUUAUAUCUAUAGAUGUAUAGCUACAUAGAUAUAAACAUUAAUACAUCUUGCCAAACAGAAUGGAGUUCAUACAAUAUACUCUAAACUAAAAAACUAAAGGGGGUACAUCAACAAGAUGAAUGAAAUGAAUCUGAGAAUAGAGACGAAUACUGAAAUCCUCAAGAAUGAAAUUAAAGAGCGCAUCAACAAAAACAGCUGUCCCUUAAAUGAGGACAUGGCCGUAGAGGCACAUUAAACCACGUCGCCCUGUCUUCUGCAUUUAGCUGCGUCACACACAGAUUAAUUCAGCACCUAACGGUACAGUCGCAAUGGAGCCUGGGUUCAUUUAUCAAAGCAUCGAGCUGUGAGAGUAAUGGGAUUUCUAAAUAUGGCAUGUACACAGACAAUGACAUGUUACAGAAGAACAAAAAGUGAGAGAGAGAGAUUGAGAGAGAAAAAUCAGGGAGAUGAUUUGGUGGCGUGUGCAGAUCCGGAAUAUAAAACACUGAAGUCAGCAUCCACCCCCACCCCCCACCUCCUCCUCCUCCUCAUCAGCAGCAGUAUGGGUUGACUCUGUGCUGCAUUUUGCCACCUCCCCCUCCCACCAUUCGAUGAUCCUUCAUCUCCCUCCUUUGGUCCCUCCUUUCUCUCAGUUUCUACCUCCUCUCACAGACAUCCCUGAAGUAAGUGGUCAGCCAGCAGCAGCGGAGGCUAUCCAGGGGUGCAAACGCUCUGUAUGACCAUGCCUGGACAAAUGGAAAGGCAGGGAAACGGCUAAGAGAGACUCUAAACCAAAGUAACUCUCGGCUGCCAAUGAGAGGAAAAGGAGGGGGUGGGUAGAAGAGGGUGAGCAAGAGCGAAAGCGGACAGGAGUAUGAGACAGUGAAGACGAAACGUGGACCCUGCUGUCAUACAAGACUGGGAAAACAUAAGACACCAAGCAAUCAAAAUCACCUUCUGCUGCUCUAGAUAAAAGGGGGAACAGGAAAGAGAGGUCAGAACGGACAACGACAUGUUCACAAAGUAAUGGAAGGGAUCAGGACAGCCCACACCACACCUGCCUCCAUGCCGACUAACUUGCUGCUCCUGCUUCUGUUCGGGGUGCGUGUGCUGGCCAUUUGCCCACCAAUGUGCACCUGUAGCAGAGGCCAUAGAGCUGUGGACUGCUCUGCACGAGGGUUGGCUAUACUUCCUGACAGCCUGCAGCACAACAUUCAUUUCCUCAACUUGUCACAUAACCGACUCCAAGAUCUCGAUGGACUCCUCAACCAUUUUGACCACUUAAGAACUCUGGACAUCUCAUAUAACCAUCUACACCACCUUCCUGUUGGUCUGCCAAGAGCACUUUGGGAUAUACGCGUCUCUGGAAACUACAUCCGUCAACUGGAGAAGAACGAUACGGCCUACCACUGGAACCUUCAGAAUUUGGACUUGUCACACAACUUGCUGGAACGAGUGGUCUUAAUUAACAACACGUUGUCCAAUCUCCAAUCUCUCAACCUUAGUCAUAACAAAUUCUGGACUGUCCCGACAAACAUGCCCUACAAUUUGGAGAUGGUGGACCUCUCUCACAACUACUUGCUCCAGAUCUUGCCUGGCUCACUGGAUCGCCUUCCCAAACUGACGAGAUUCUACCUGCAUGCUAAUCGUUUUACCUCGUUGAGCGAUGGUGUCUUCAGUCAACUGGAUGGACUGCAGCUCCUCACACUUGGAGACAACCCUUGGGCUUGUGAGGAUGAGGAGAAUAUAAACCAUCUGCUGACCUGGAUGCAACAGACCCCUGCAAAGAUCUCGGGCUGUCCCUGCUACACAAGGCCCACAUGUGGAGAAGCCCACCUGGCCACUAGGAGAACCUGGCACUCAGCCGCAUUCACAGAGCCGCCGCUGGGUUCCGAUUCUCGUCAUCCUGGCCAUCGAGCACCAAUGCAGGUAGUUACUUCUGGGUACCUGUCCAAGUCAGCCCAAUUGAAUGUGGGUCAAUAUCCAAGCGCUGUUAAUACCUCUGGGCCAGGCGAGCAGGUAUUGAUUGUGGGUGGGGCAUUUCUCACAUCAACUCCACAUAGCCUGUCCACACAAUCAAGCACAACAAUCCGAACACGUAGCACCAAGAAGGUCCUUCCCGGCAGAGCUCGCAGCACAAGCCAUCAAAUCCACAUAUGCAGCUUUGAAACCACCAUUUUGAGCCUUUUAUGUACAGUUGUCAUCCUCAGUGCUUGGUGAUUCAGCAUAACAUCUCUUGAACUAGACCUGCUGCCUUGAGUCUGGAAAACAAAACAAAAAAAAUCCACAAAGAAUGCAAAACAAGAGACUUACCUCUUAGGUUUCCAUUUUGACAUUGAUCUGGCUACCUUCUUGAGCAUUUUUCAACAUAUGCAAUCUCUGCCUGCUUCCAAUAAACUUACCGCCUUCUACAUAAUGUGACUGAGUACUGUAUGGCUUACACAUACCAACAUCUAGACAUGUGUACAAGUACACUACAAUUAGCAGUUUCUUAAUGUGGAAAAUUGAAUGUUUUUUCCAGUGUAAUGCUUGAGCAUUGACAGAUUUGUGCAUUUCAUUGUUUAUAUUAUGUAUUAAACAAAACACUUAAAGUGUAAAGCUGAUGUGUUCUAUGAGUACAGACAUGCUGCCUUUAACUAUUGAAAUAAGAAUAAAACUGGAAAACUCA